AUGUGCAAGUUAACAAAUACUCUGGAAAGUCUUGAAAAAAACAGGAAAAUUAUAAGAUCGAUUAUUUCCUGCGUUGCGUUUUGCGGAUACCACGACCUAGCAUUAAGGGGGGCAAGCUAUGGUGAUGGAAUUCUGGAAGGGCUGUAUAAGAUGCGAAUUGACGCAGGAAACACUAUUUUAAAAAACCAUCUUGAGCAUAGAAAGAAAAAUGGAAGUUAUCGAUCGGUUGACAUCCAGAAUGAGAUUAUCAGUAUUUGUGGAGAUGUUAUUAAGGCCGAUUGCAUCAAAAAUGUGAAGAUAUCGCAAGCAUAUAGCAUUUUAGCAGACCAAACAGCGAAUAUCUCUGGAAAGGAACAGCUCUCAGUUGGCAUAAGAUAUUUUGAUGAGGAAACCAGCAACAUUGAAGAAGUAUUCCUCGGAUUUGCUGAGCUUACAGCCUUGGACGCUAAAUCGAUUGCCACGACAAUAAACGAAUUCCUGACGAAAGAGGAUCUCGAUCCAGAUAAAUGCGUUGGUUUGGGAUUCGAUGGUUGUUCCACGAUAUCUGGAAAAGAAGGUGGCUUUCAGGCUAUUUUGCGUAAAAAAUACAAGAAAGCACUAUUUUUUCAUUGCUCGUCACAUAAACUCAACCUGGUAAUCAAUGAUCUGAAUGCUCUGCCGGAGAUCCGAAAUACAGUUGGGGCCAUCAAAGAUAUAUUUACAUUUUUUCGUGAAUCGGUUCUAAGAAGAAAAUUAAUACCCAAUAUUCCCCAGCUGUGCGAAACAAGGUGGAGCGAGAAAUACAAGAGCAUCAGAGUUUUUAAAGAGAACUUUUGUGAUAUAAUGGAGGCACUAGAAACCCUGUCUCGAGAUGGCAAUAUUGCGACAAGGAAACAUGCAUAUCAGCUCCAUGCUGCAGCUUCCAAAGUUUCGUUUAUUUUUAGCCUUGGAUUGAUAGCCAAAUAUUCCGCUCUUUUAGAACCAACAGUAAACGUGCGGUCCAUAACAAUUCCUUAUUUGGACUCAAUUAUAAAUUCCCUAGAAAUAAGGUUUUCUGAAGAAAAUAAACCAUCAUUUACUUUGUCAAAACUACAUCCUGCGCAAAUGAAAAACAUUUCUUUGGAAGAACUUGAAGAGGCUUGCGAGAAAUUUAAAAAUUUUUAA